ACGAGAAGUUAACCAGCCUUUUCCGCAAAGGCCUUGUCAAGAUGGCGGACGUUGAACAGAAAAAGAAGCGCACCUUCCGGAAGUUCACGUACAGAGGUGUGGACUUGGACCAGCUUCUGGACAUGUCCUAUGAGCAGCUGAUGCAGCUGUAUUGCGCCCGUCAGCGGCGCAGGCUGAACCGAGGUCUGCGACGCAAGCAGCAGUCCCUGCUGAAGCGUCUGCGCAAAGCCAAGAAGGAGGCCCCGCCCAUGGAGAAGCCUGAGGUGGUGAAGACCCACCUGAGAGACAUGAUCAUUCUGCCUGAGAUGGUGGGCUCCAUGGUUGGAGUAUACAAUGGAAAGACUUUCAACCAGGUGGAAAUCAAGCCUGAAAUGAUUGGCCACUACCUUGGAGAGUUCUCCAUCACUUACAAACCUGUUAAGCACGGUCGCCCUGGUAUUGGAGCCACCCACUCUUCUCGCUUCAUUCCUCUGAAGUAGAACUGGGGUGGUUUGUGGAUGUAAAUAAAUGACUUCCAACACAGUA